AUGCCUGUACAGUAUGUGAUUGAGGAAUGGGACUUCAGAGACCUGACCCUGAAGAUGAAGCCUCCCGUGUUCAUACCUCGUCCUGAAACAGAGGAGCUGGUUAGUCUGGUUCUCGAGGACCUCCGGUCGAUACAGGAGGAAUCGCACACGACUGAUUUACGAUGUCUGGAGGUGGGCUGUGGAUCUGGAGCCAUCUCUCUUAGUUUACUACACAGCAUUCCACAGCUCAGGGUAUUUGCUUUGGAUCAAAGCCAGACAGCAGUAUCUCUUACAAUGGAAAAUGCAAACAGACUGGGUCUGCAGGACAGACUAGAUGUUCACCAUUUAGAUGUGAUUAAGGAUGCAGAUGCGAUACUGAGCAAAUGAGACCCCGUUGACUUUCUAGUCAGCAACCCUCCCUACUUGCUCAGUCAGGACAUGGAGACUUUACAAACAGAGAUACUCAGGUUUGAAGACCACAGUGCAUUGGACGGGGGUUUGGACAGGCUGUCUAUGAUUCGCCCGAUUCUGGCUCUGAGCUCGAAGCUCUUAACUCAGCGAGGGCGUGUUUACCUCGAGGUUGCUCCAUGCCAUCCUCCAGUCAUUCAGCAGCUGAUAGAGGAGACGAGGCCGGGGUUGCUUUAUCUGGAAACCCGCUGUGACCUCACCAACAGGCCACGAUUUUGCAUUUUACAGAAGAAAGGAGAGGAUAACUGAACCGAAGGACAGUGGAAAGACAUGCAUGAAGACGAUCAUUUGGUUUAACACCACACUAGGUAGAGCUAGAGACUUCACCAUUAGCAGUUGCCUUCAGCCAAACUGCAUACGGCACACUGCCAGUCUCCUUGCCAUCCCGCCAGUUCCCAGCAUGCACUGACUUAAAAACUUGCCAAUCCUACCGAGAAGCUCCUUCCGGAAAGCCGGCGACCUCGGGUUUCUAUUUGUUUUGUGCUGUAACCUACUGUUGUUAUAGUUUCUAUGUUCACUUUCCUUUUAAUUGGUGAGCGUCUGUGUGUGGCUGUGGUUUGUUGUGGUGAGAUUGCAUUGAUUGCGAGUAUGUGCUCAGUGUGCAAGUGUCAGGGUGCAGCAGGCUGAAGGUAAUUGAGGCCUUUUCUAAGAACUCCCCCUCCCAGUCCUGCGCUAGUCUCUCCCUGGAAGUAAUGCGCUCAUUCUGCGAAACAGCUGGCCCAUUGCCGCUAGCUCGCUUGCUCAGCUAACCCACAACGACAGACCGACAUGCUCCGCUACCGCAGUGUGUACAAGUAUACACCAAUUCUGUCUGUUCUAGUCUGCUAAUGAGUGAAACAGAAUUUUACACACACUGCCUCUUUUCUCUGUUUCUGUAAUGUGUAUUAGAACACAGUCUAAUAAAUAAGUAAAUAAAAUGUAUUUAUUUAUUGUUCUUGUAGACAUGCAAUG